CCCCCAGAGGGCAAUAAACCUAAGGACGCUAAACAGAUGGUCAUUAAGGAAGUCGGCUUCCAAUGCUUAGAUUGUGGCAAGAUCCUCACUACUCCUACGAGCCUGAACACUCACAUGCGCAUCCACACUGGAGAAAAGCCUUAUGUCUGCAAGGAGUGUGGCAAGCGCUUCUCAGAUACCAGCGCUUACCGUUAUCACUUGUUAAUACACAAUGGGGUCAAGCCAUUCAAAUGUCAGGACUGUGGGAAGGCUUUCAAGCAGAAGUCUCUCCUCAGGAAGCACAUGACUGUUCACUCUGGUGAGAGGAAGUACUCCUGCUCCCAAUGCGACAGGAAGUUUGCAUACAGGGAGAGUCUGAAGCUUCACCUGCGCACACACUCCGGGGAGAGACCUUUCAAAUGUACUGUCUGUGCUAAAGACUUUGCUGACAAAGGUUAUCUGAAGACUCAUCUGAAGAUCCACAGCAACCAGAAAAACUACCAUUGUGGGGUUUGUGGGCAGAAAUUCAUAAGGAUUGGUGUGCUGAACAUACACCUGCGCUCACACACAGGUGAGAGGCCUUACCACUGCACAGUGUGUGACAAGCAGUUUGCCCGACUCGACCACCUGAAGAACCACCAGCGCACUCACACAGGAAAAUGCCACGGGCACUAUCUGAUGUGAGGAGACAUUUCACUGCAGCUAAUGUAGAAGGAAAAGCUGUGUACAUUUGCAAAUACUGUGACAAAUCAAAUGUGAAUAAUGCAUCAAAGAUGCAGAAUCAUCUGGCCAAGUGCAUAAAGUUCCCUCAGCGCUCACAGCAAGCAACCUCUGACCAAAGUCCCUCUACUUCUAGUAGAGGUGAAAAUGAUAAAUCAGACACCUUAUCAAUAGCAACAGCUCAUGGUCCUCCUGGAAUCAGAAGGUUUUUUCUUACUGAAUGGAGGAACGUGGUCAGAGAAAUGCUGUUGAAUGUCUUGCUCAAGCUGUGUAUACAACUGGUUCACCUCUGAUGCUCACAGGCAAUGUGUAUUGGAAGAGAUUUCUGAAUGUACUUCGCCCAGCAUACACCCCUCCAACCAGAGUUCAGGUGAAGGUCAAGCAAAUCAUAGACAAAGCAGACUGUAGCAAUCAUCUCUGAUGGGUGGUUGAAUGUACGUGGCAAGGAAUAAUUAGCUAUAUCAUCUCCCCUCAACCAGUAUUCUACAAGAGAACAGACACACAAGGGACAACAGACACACUAGUCUCUACAUUGCAGAUGAGCUGAAGGCAGUCAUCAAUGACCUUGGACCACAGAAGGUAUUUGCACUGGUAACAGACAAUGCUUCAAACAUGAAGGUCGCUUUUUCUAAAAUGGAGGAGUCCUACCCUCACAUUACACCCAGUGGCUGUGCUGCUCAUGUAUUGAAUCUGCUCCUCAAGGACAUUGUGGUACUGAAAACAAUGGAUACACUCUACAAGAGAGCCAAGGAAAUGGUUAGGUAUGUGUAGGGUCAUCAAGUUACAGCAGCAAUCUACCUCACCAAUUAAAGUGAGAAGAAUAAGAGCACCACAUUGAAGCUGCCCAGCAACACCUGUUGGGGUGGUGUUGUCAUCAUGUUUGACAGUCUUCUGGAAGGGGAGGAGUUUCUCAAGAAAUGGCCAUAUCACAGUCUGCCAAUUAUGGACAGCCAUAUCGAGGAUCCUCCUGGAUUAUCUAUUUUGGGAGAGAGUGGUAAGCCUGAAACCUAUAGCAGUAGCCAUUGCACGGAUUGAGGGAGACAAUGCCAUCCUGUCUUAUGUUCAGACUCUGCUUGUAGAUGUAAGAGAAGAAAUCCGUAUUGCCCUGCCCACUUCACUGCUGCUCCAAGCAGAGGAAACUGCAGUUCUGAAAUACAUCAAAAAGCGUGAAGACUUCUGCUUGAAGCCCAUACAUGCCGCAGUGUACAAGUUGAACCCAAAGUAUGCUGGCAAGAGCAUCAUGUCUGCUGCAGAGAUCAACAAGGCAUAUGGUGUCAUCACUACCGUGUCUCUCAACCUUGGCCUGGAUGAGGACAAGGUUCUUGGCAGUCUGGCGAAGUACACUUCCAAGCAAGGGCUUUAGAAUGGAGAUGCAAUAUGGCAGUCAUGCCAAUGUAACAGUAUAGACUUUACGUCCGUCCCCUUGCCCCGACCUGGGCGCGAACCAGGGACGCUCUGCACACGUCAACAGUCACCCUCGAAGCAUCGUUACCCAUCGCUCCACAAAAGCCGCGGCCCUUGCAGAGCAAGGGUAACCACUACUUCAAGGUCUCAGAGCAAGUGACGUCACCGAUUGAAACGCCUCUAGCGCGCACCACUACUAACUAGCUAGUCAUUUCACAUCGGCUGCACCAACAUCUCUCAUCAGCCACCUGGUGGAAGGGACUUUGUGGAUCCGAGGCUCCUUCCCCUGUUGCCUCCAUCAUCCUCCAAAUCCCACCAACAUCAGCCGCCUCAGAGCGCAACUGGUCCUUGUUUGGGAACACACACCAAAGCACGCAACAGGCUGACCAAUACAAGGGUUGGAAAAUUGGUGGCCAUCAGGGCAAAUUUUAGGCUUUUUGAGCCUGACAAUGAGCCAUCUUCAACAGGGUUGGAAAGUGACAGUGAAGAUGAGGCCUCAGAGUCUGAUGUUCAAGAGGUACACAUUGAGGAGGUCCAGGGAGAAGACAUGGAAGCCUGAGAGGAAGACAACUAAAGCUUUAGUCUAGAAACUAUCAUUUUAGAGAUGCAUGUUGAAAUCAUUUAUGGGAGAUGUGAUGGAUCAUUGGGGAUCAUUCAAUAUUCACUUUCUUUUGUUGUUCAGUGAAAUCAUCCCAUGUGAAGAGUCCAGUUUUUUUUAUUUCUAUUGGAAUGAUUUAUCAUUUGCAAUUAUGUCUGUGUAUAAAAGGUAAAAGGUUUAUGUUCCUGUCUCCAUAUAGUAAAUAUAUCCAAAAAACAUCUACAUUGAAAUGGUAUUCAUAUUAAUUUACUUAUAUUUCCGUUAAUUCCCAUAUAUUCUGGUUAAUUCCCACAAAAAGUUUCCACCUCUGAAUAUUCACCAAAAUAUGCAACCCUUAAUCAUUAUUAAAGUGGCAUUAAUAAUCAAGUCUGUAUGUAGGCAGUUAGUGAUGGCAGUUUAACAGUCUGAUGGCCUUGAGAGAAGCUAUUUUUCAUUCUCUCGGUCCCAGCUUUGAUGCACCUGUACUGACCUUUCCAAAUCAUGUACCAUCAAUUGAAUUUACCACAGGUGAACUCCAAUCAAGUUGUAGAAACAUUUCAAGGAUGAUUAAUGGAAACAGGAUGCACAUGAGCUAAAUUUUGCCUCUCAUUGCAAAGGGUCUGAAUACUUCUGUCAAUGUGAUAUCAGUUUUUUAUUUGUAAUAUAUUUGCAAAAAUGUCUAAAAA